AUGACCUCCCAUCCACCAGCCCAAUGCUGCACAAUCGGCGUCAAGCAUGAAGGGGAAGCAGUGGGUGAGAUCAAAAAUGUCGGAGACACGCCAACCUACUUCUCCUACCCCAAAGACAAGAGCACUCAUAAUGCCGUCCUUAUCCUCACGGACGUGAUCGGCCACGAGUUCAUCAACGUCCAACUCAUAGCCGACCAAUUCGCCGCCAACGGCUACCUCGUCGUAAUGCCUGACCUCUUCCACGGCGACCCUCUCCCCCUGAACCGGCCCGCCGACCACGACUUCAUGGGCUGGCUGAACAAGCACCCGACCUCGCGCGUCGAGCCCGUCAUCGAAGCGACGCUGAAGCACAUGCGCGGAGAGUUGGGCUGCAAGGCCAUCGGCGGCGUGGGCUACUGCUUCGGCGGCAAGUACGUUGCGCGCUGGCUCAAGAAGGGGAAGCUAGACGCGGGCUAUACGGCCCACCCAAGCUUCAUGGAGGCAGAUGAGCUGAGGGGUAUUGAGGGGCCGUUGAGCAUUGCUGCUGCUGAAACGGACUCGAUUUUUCCCGCAGAGAAGCGACAUGAGACGGAGGAGAUCCUGCAUAAGAUGAGCGUGCCGUACCAGAUCAACUUGUUCUCGGGCGUCGAGCACGGCUUCGCGGUAAGGGCGGAGAUUGACAACAAGGAGAAGAGGUUCGCGAAGGAGCAGGCGUUUUAUCAGGCCGUGCAGUGGUUUGACGCUUAUGUUAAGGCGUGA